AUGGCAGCGCCAACAUCGAAUAACCUUAUCUGCUUCACAAAUUGCUUCCUGCCGCAGGAAGACGGUAGUUUAAUUGAAAAGGAUUUGUGGAUUGAUGAACGGCGUGGUGUCAUACUGGACGCGCAGCGAACCUUUUUCCUGCGCAAGGAGCGCCCGAAUACAAUCAUUGAUCUUGGGGGAAACGUCUUGAGUCCAGGCUUUAUUGACAUUCAGAUCAAUGGAGGCUUUGGUUUCGACUUCUCUGUCUACGAAGGCGACGACCAAACUUAUCGAGAUGGGUUGAAGUUGGUCGCAGAGAAGAUUGUUGAGACGGGUGUGACUGCCUUGGUCCCCACAAUUAUCACUCAGGAAACGACUUUGUACCCCAAGCUUCUUGACCUGCUUCGUCCAUGGUCACCUCCACACGCAGCACACCUCCUCGGGUGGCAUGCCGAGGGGCCGUUCCUACAGAUGUCCAAACGAGGGGCCCACUCGCCUGCGUUAAUCAUUUCUGCCUCAGAAGGCUUUAAGACUUUUGAGUCUAUUUACAGUCCAGAGAACCUAGCAGACGCAGAAGACUGGCUCAUGUCAGGCGACACCGUCCACAAUACUGUGGGAGUACGCAUAAUAACAGCUGCCCCUGAAGUCGAGGGCGUUAUGGAGGCUAUUAACGAAGCCAGCAAGCGUGGAAUCUGUUUCAACAUUGGUCACAGCAUGGCUACAACGGAUAUCGCAACUGCAGCAGUACGGAAUGGUGCAAGAUGCAUCACACAUCUCUUCAAUGCAAUGCCGCAGCUUCACCAUCGCGACCCGUCUAUCAUUGGUUUACUUGGAGCUUCUCCUUAUCUAUCUCCUUCGUCUUCUUCGACUUUUUUGCCAUUCCCUUCCGCUAUCAUCAGUGCCCUCAAUGCCUCGAUGCAUUCGCUUCCAAUCACCAAGGAGCCUUCGAUUGAUCACAUUUCGGAAGCACUUGAUGAGAUUAAGACACCCCCUCAGACACCCAUGCUCCUUGCGGAACAAGCUCUCAGGAAAUCUCUCCUUCCCACAGGCAAGUCAACGGCAAGCCCGGGCUCUGCCGCUAUCACCGCCAUUCCCCUGGGGGGUGGGCAGUCAAGUGAAAGUAAGCUCAAGAAAGAUUUGACGACUAUACCAUUCGAUCGACCAUUCUACGAGAUCAUCGUGGAUGGGAUCCAUUCUCAUCCCAACUCCGUGAGACUAGCGUACAGUGCUCAUCCAGACGGGUGCAUCUUGAUUACCGAUGCCAUGAAGAUUCUUGACCCGCACCUCAAGGAUGGUGUUCACGACUGGCGCGAUGGCCGUCGAUUUUACAAGGAGGGUGAUACGCUUUACGUGGAAGGCACCACCACCCUUGCCGGAAGCGUGGUUACCCUCGAUAAAUGCGUACGAAACUUUGUGCGCUACACGGGCUGCUCCAUUGGUCAAGCUAUCAAAUGUGCAACUUACAAUCCUGCAAAGUGCCUUAAUAUUGAGGACAAGAAGGGUACACUGCGUGCGGGAGCAGACGCGGACUUGGCGGUUCUUGACCACCAAGGUAAUGUACUAAGCACCUGGGUGAAGGGCAAGAUGGUGUGGGCGAGGAAGUAG